AUGCGCUGCCGGCCGCUGUUCGACGAGGUGGUGGUGGCGGUGUUGCACAACACCGAGAAGAAUCCGCUGUUCAGCCACGAUGAGCGGGUCGAGAUCAUCCGCGAAGUGCUGGUCGACUAUGACGACUGCCGGGUCGAGACCUUCUCCGGCUUGCUAGUCGACUUCAUGCGUCGGAUCGGUGCGCGCACCAGCGUGCGCGGUUUGCGGGCGGUGUCCGAUUUCGAGGCCGAGUUCCAGAUGGCGCUGAUGAAUCGUCAUCUCGACGAUCUCGUCGAGACCGUCUUCUUGACCCCCAAAGAAGAGUACAUGUAUCUGUCGAGCCGGCUGGUCAAAGAGGCCUAUCUGCUCGGCGGCAACAUCGACAGCCUGGUGCCGAAACCGGUACCGGAGCGCCUGCGCACCGUGACCAACGCCUCCUGA